AUGGCUACGAGCCUCAACCUCGGGGCAGUCCGCACUGGACUCGCACCCAAAUUGACCCAACAAAUUCAUCCCAAACCGAGAACCUCUAUGCUGCGACGAAAAUACUCUUCAGCCACUACACCACCGGUGUCCCCGUUCGCUCCUCGUCAUUUGCUAUCCAUUGCGGAUCUGACUCCCGCCGAAUUCACAGCUCUAGUUCGCAAUGCCUCGCACCAUAAACAGGCCAUUAAAAGCGGCUCAGUGCCUCGCAACCUGCUGGGUGCAUUGUCUGGGAAGACGGUGGCCAUGAUGUUCAGCAAACGCAGCACUCGUACUCGGAUUUCGACCGAAGGUGCUGUGGCCCAAUUGGGUGGUCAACCGAUGUUCCUGGGUAAAGACGAUAUUCAAUUGGGGGUCAAUGAGUCACUCUAUGACACAGCUCUUGUGGUGUCAUCUAUGGUCUCAGCUAUUGUCGCCCGAGUUGACAAGCACCAGGACGUGGCGGCUUUGGCCAAGCAUUCUACAGUGCCCGUUAUCAAUGCUCUAUGUGACUCGUUCCAUCCUCUGCAAAUUAUUGCCGACUUUCUGACCAUCCACGAGGCUUUUCCUGCGCGGCCUACUGCGGGGCUAAAUAGCCUCGGCAUGGAAGGGUUGAAGAUUGCUUGGGUCGGAGAUGCGAACAAUGUUUUGUUCGACAUGGCCAUUGCUGCUGCUAAGAUGGGCGUUGAUAUCGCUGUUGCUACACCGAAGGGAUAUGAAAUUCCCGCAAGCAUGCUUGAGAUUAUCAAGCAGGCCGGAUCGAGCGUUUCUUCCCCGGGGAAACUUAUCCAAACCAACGUUCCUGAGGAAGCAGUAAAAGACGCCGAUGUCUUGGUCACGGACACGUGGGUGUCUAUGGGCCAAGAAGAAGAGACCAUCAAGAGAAUGAAAGCCUUUGAGGGCUUCCAAAUUACUGCAGAGCUUGCUCAGCGAGGAGGCGCAAAGAAGAACUGGAAAUUCAUGCACUGCUUACCUCGCCACCCUGAAGAGGUCAAUGACGAGGUCUUUUACAGUCCUCGUUCUCUGGUGUUCCCCGAGGCGGCGAACCGGCUGUGGGCAGCUAUUUCGGCACUUGAGGGUUUUGUUGUUAAUAAAGGCAAAAUUGAAUAA